AUGUCGUUUUGUAACGCUAAAUCGUCAGCUAAGUACUGCCACGACACGUACUCAGUACAGUGUUCCCGGUGUUUAAAUGUCAAGGACAGUGCCCACGUCAAUCCCUGGAUCGAGGUGGAUCUGGCUGAGAGGACAGUGGUGUCAGGCGUCACCACUCAGGGUUGCCGCUUAAUGUGGGAGUAUACAACGCAGUACAAGGUGGCGUACAAGAAGCAGCCCCAGUGUGACUUUGACUACGUGAGAGAUGCGAGCGGAGAGAUUGAGUUGUUCACCGGCAACACGGAUGGGGCUGGCCAGGUCUCCAACAUGUUCCCUGAAAGCGUGAUAGCGACGGUACUGCGCAUUGAGCUUACUGCGCUUGGUAAUGAAAUGUACUGUCUGCGAAUGGAGUUGCUUGGAUGUCGCCUUGAAUAAUUUACCCGACUCUCCAUUCACGUUGAUCAGAUCAACAACACUUGUAACAUUUUAUGGCAUGUAACAGGUUUGGGGGGAGUGACUUCUCAGAAAUUAGUCGGGUGCAUUCUGCGCCCAAAACGUUAAGCGCAUGUAACCGUGUGAGAGCUAAUAUUAUUUGUUCUGCUUUGUAUUAAAAACAAUCUCGGCACAGUCCCUGGUAUAUACGGUCAAACGACGUUUCUAUACGCAAAAAAACAACAAACAAACAAACAGAUUUUAAAUUUAGAAGA